AUGUCUGCAAGCGAAGCGCGGGCGUCAUCGGAUAACGUUCGGGAAAGACCGACCGCGUCGAGCAAGGUCUGCAAGGCCAUUACUAGCCAUAUCGACCGUAUAGUCGACAAGAGGGUGAAGGAAUCGGCACGUUUCUUCUCCCGCGAAAAAACGAUCCAGAAGAAUGAUACAGGGGCCAUCGAGCGGUUGGCCCCUCAAGCCAUUAUCACUGAUGGCUGGACGGCAGAGGACGAGGAAUGGCUCCAGAACCUAUGGGGCACAUCCAUACUCAAGGCUGAGUUGGAGAAGAAGCCGCCCGUCUAUCUGACCACUAUAUGGAAGGCCACGACGGCGCUUAUGGGGUGCUCCCCGUGCGCCAUUAUAUCCCCGAAACAUAGCAUUCAAUGGCAACCGGCCCUUAAUAGCGAAGGGGAGCGCGUCGUCGACGACGAUAACGAUAACGACAGUGCCAUCUGCAUCGAGGGAUUCUCCCUCUGGUCAAGGUCUUUCUUCGACCGGCUAAAGACGCUGGUCUGUCACCCCAUAUGGCGAAGGGAUGCCACAGUCUUGGCCACGGCCAUCCAGGUGGCCGUCGUAUGCAGCAUGGACUAUCGUGGCCAAUGGAUGAUGGCCUUUAAAGGGACCAACCCCGAGAUGCAGGCCAUCGGGGCCAAGAUGGCAGUCGGGACCGCUGCGUCUAACCAGUCUGUGCGCGAGGCCCUUCAGCAGCAGCGACAGACGGGCAUCGCCAGAGGCGAAACGGUGUCCAUGGAGCUGGAUUUUCUCUGUCACCUCGCGUCGCAAGUCGCCGGGGUUAGCUCUAGUCGCGGUCAACGAGAGGGCGCAGUAAUGCUGCCCGUCACGUCAGUGGACUUGCAGGCCGUCAUCGAUGCCAUUGAUGGCUUCUGCCCUAGCGGGAUCCCCAUGUUUAUAGACACUCUUAUAGCGAGGGAGAUUGCCGAUGGCGUCAUCUCGAACAAGUCCUUCCCUGCGGCCAAGGAAGUACCCCAGCUGCACGAAAGGGCGAUUCUGCACGAGUUCCGCAUGUACUUUCGCAGAGAGCCCGAGGCGACGGGAGAGCCCGAUGCGACGAGAGAGCCUAAUGCGACGAGAGAGCCCGAUGCGACGAGAGGCCUAUCGAGAUCAGCGAGCUUGCCUAUCAGGGCUGGGACGGCACCUGCUGGCACAAAAAGGGAUAAGCCUCUCUAUAGCAUCGAGGAGGACGAAGCCUCGAGGGGCAGAAAACGUGCGCGUCAUCAAGAAAUCAACGAGAGUGGGGAUGAGGAUAAUAGCCGGGAUGAGGGAGAUUUGCCCGAUGUAUCGGGCAACCAGGACGGGGAUAAGGAAAACUUGCCCGGAGGGGAUAACGCACCAGCCGGUGCCGGCAGGGCGCGCAGCCGCUAUAGCAACGACCUAGGCCACGGCGGUUCGCUUUCUCCAUCGCCACACAUGCCAGGCCGGCAUGGCGACGCGUCUAAUAUGCAAGGAGAGGACGACGUCGGCGCAAAGUCGGGCGAGGCCGUAUCGGGCCAAGAAUAUAGCGAUGACGCACGCAUGGAAGAAGCCGUCGGCGCGUCUAACGUGGAGGCGGCUGGUACUGAGCCCGUCCCACCAGGCCAGGGGCAUGGCGGCGAUGACGAUGUGCCUAUGAAUGAAGCCGCCGACACGUCUGUCCAGUCGGCCAUCGCCGGGCCCGCUAACGCCGAUGGACCUAUAGCCUCUGCAGAGGAGUUACGGGAACAUGAAAGAAAGGAAUGGCCAAAACAGAACAAGGCUAUUUUAGAUUACGCGGAUGAAUAUGAAGACAUGCUUACUUGUCUGCAAUUUCAAUGUACUCACUAG